CCUCCAUGUAGCGGGGCGCGGAGCCCGGCUCUCGCAACCCAAGAUGGCGGAUGAGAGUGAGACAGCAGUGAAGCUGCCGGCACCUUCACUGCCGCAGAUGAUGGAAGGGAACGGAAACGGCCAUGAGCACUGCAGCGAUUGCGAGAACGAGGAGGACAACAGCUACAACCGGGGUGGCUUGAGUCCAGCCAAUGACACUGGAGCCAAAAAGAAGAAGAAGAAACAGAAGAAGAAGAAAGAGAAAGGCAAUGACACAGAUUCGGCCCAGGAUCAGCCUGUGAAGAUGAACUCUUUGCCAGCAGAGAGAAUCCAGGAAAUACAAAAGGCCAUUGAGCUGUUCUCAGUGGGUCAGGGACCUGCCAAAACCAUGGAGGAGGCCAGCAAACGAAGCUACCAGUUCUGGGAUACACAGCCAGUCCCCAAAUUGGGUGAAGUGGUAAAUACCCAUGGGCCAGUGGAACCCGACAAGGACAACAUUCGCCAAGAACCCUACACUCUACCCCAGGGCUUCACCUGGGAUGCCUUGGACCUGGGAGACCGUGGUGUGCUGAAAGAACUCUACACCCUCCUGAAUGAGAACUACGUGGAAGAUGACGAUAACAUGUUCCGAUUCGAUUAUUCCCCAGAGUUUCUCCUGUGGGCUCUCCGGCCACCUGGCUGGCUCCCACAGUGGCACUGUGGGGUUCGAGUGGUCUCAAGUCGGAAACUGGUUGGGUUCAUUAGUGCCAUCCCAGCAAACAUCCACAUCUAUGACACAGAGAAGAAGAUGGUGGAAAUUAACUUCCUGUGCGUCCACAAGAAGCUGCGCUCCAAGAGGGUGGCUCCAGUCUUGAUCCGCGAGAUAACCCGGAGGGUCCACUUGGAGGGCAUUUUCCAAGCUGUUUACACUGCGGGAGUGGUACUACCAAAGCCUGUUGGCACCUGCAGGUACUGGCAUCGGUCCCUAAACCCUCGGAAACUGAUUGAAGUGAAGUUCUCCCACCUGAGCAGAAAUAUGACAAUGCAGCGCACCAUGAAGCUGUACCGACUGCCGGAGACCCCCAAGACAGCCGGGCUACGACCAAUGGAGAAGAAGGACAUUCCAGUGGUGCACCAGCUGCUCACCAGGUACUUGAAGCAGUUCCACCUCACGCCGGUCAUGAGCCAGGAGGAGGUGGAGCACUGGUUCUACCCCCAAGAGAACAUCAUUGACACUUUUGUGGUAGAGAAUGCGAACGGUGAGGUGACGGAUUUCCUGAGCUUUUACACACUUCCCUCCACCAUCAUGAACCAUCCAACCCACAAGAGUCUAAAAGCUGCCUACUCCUUCUACAACGUCCACACCCAGACCCCUCUUCUAGACCUUAUGAGCGACGCCCUUGUUCUAGCCAAAAUGAAAGGGUUUGAUGUGUUCAAUGCACUGGAUCUCAUGGAGAACAAGACAUUCCUGGAGAAGCUUAAGUUUGGCAUAGGGGACGGCAACCUGCAGUAUUAUCUGUACAAUUGGAAGUGCCCUAGCAUGGGGGCUGAGAAGGUUGGGUUGGUGUUACAGUAACCAGUUGCUACAGUAACCAGUGAGAUUCUGGAUAAAGCCACUGAGAAUUCAAACCAGGAAGCGGAACCCCACCACUUGUUGGUCCAACUUUCACAAAUGUGAGAUUUCUGGCAAACAGAACUGAACCGAACCGGCUUUAUCAAACCGCCAGCGAACUUGACAAUUAUAUUGCAAUGGCGUAGGCUGCGUGAUGUCACCUUUGGCCAUGUUUCUGGUCUCCCUGUUUUCAGUGAAUAGCAUCCUCGUGCAGCCGUGAUCAAGGGAAUGUAACUGCUGAACCUAGCUCGUGAUUGGCAUAUUAUGGAGUUAACGGGUGAAUAAUAAAAGUAUAUAUAUUAUAUAUA